AGGAGGUGACAAGCCGAGCCGGGGAGGACAGCAAGGGACAGCGGGGAAGUGCGGGAGUUGGGUGGGACCGGAGCUGGAGCUGCUCCCGGGCACUGCCAGCUCACACCCAGCCCUGCCAGCGCCACCCGGCAAUCUGCGGCACGGCAUGGACGGGUUUUAGGGGCUCACUCCGGCCCCUGGAGCUCCUGGAGAGGGAGGAAAGUGCCUUGCAGGGCUGCAGGAUGAGCUCCUCCCUGUCAGGACCUACCUGCCGAGCACCCACCAGGCAGCUCAGCCUUAUCUGCGGYGGCAGCGGGGUUAAUGUGUAACCCGGCUGUGUUUGCUUAGCCCAGAAAAGUAAAGAAGUCCUGGGAUAGGCACGGCCCGGACGAGGAAUUGGGCAGCACGGAACGACGGACGGCCUGCUCCAGGGCAGCCCGUGCUAUGCCAAGGAAGGAGCUGGGCAUGGCUGGCAGCAACUCGGGCAGCUGUGACAGCAUGGCCAGCACGGCUUCCAACCGCUCGCAGCGGAGUGACAGCAGCUUUGACUAUUUAUCUGUGGAAGAGAAGGAGUGUUUGAUGUUCCUGGAAGAAACCAUCGGCUCUCUGGAUGCGGAGGGAGACAGCGGCGUCUCCACGGAUGACACCGACUCCGGGGAGCCCUCCAAGCCCAGGAGAGGCSCCGUGCCCCGGGAUUUGAGCCGUGGGGCUGCCCCUCCCGGCCCCUCUGCCUCCCCCGGCGUCCCGAGGAACAUCCCUGCGGCAAACGGAGCCUCGGGCAGCAGAGCAGCGCCAGCUGUGCCAGCUGUGCCAGCAGCAAAUCGUGCCCAGGACGGGCCCAGGGAGGGCACCAAAUCCGUGAUUAUCCAACCCUCAGAUCCCUUCCACGAUGAGCACGAGUGGACACGCGGCCAUCSCUCCGGUGMCAAGGACACCAAAGYUCGGACUUCGUGGGGUCASCCGGAGAAAUCCCCGCUGGAAGAGSCMCCUCAGGACCCCGAUGCCAAGCGCGGGCCCCCGACCGCCCCCAAACCGCGGAAAUUGCCCCCGAACAUCAUCCUGAAAACCAGCAGGAGCGGCGCGGUGCCGCUGCCCUCGGAGCACAACCAAAGGGUGAAAACAUCGCCGCCACCCCCGGCCGCCUCCCAGCCCAGCCCCGCCGGCGACACCGCYGCUGAGAAAGGCAACUCGGGCCACCGAGACCCCAAGGAGAAGGAAAAAGCCCGGCGGGAGGCGCUGGAGAAGCUGGGACUGUCCCGGGACGGGAGSGAGCCGAGCGCUCAGCCCCAUCCGCAUCCUSUCCCCAUCCCCGCCGAGAGCUCCGUGCCCGGUGUCCGGCACAUGGCAUUCAAAUCCAACACCCUGGAGCGCUCCGGAGUGGGGCUGGCCAGCUCCAUGGGCAGCAGCAAGGAGCAGAGCUCCAAGGGAAGCGGCGGCAGCAGCUCCYUGGGCAAGCUGUCCUUCAUGGAGCGCCUGGCACCCGCUUUCCUGCGCGGCGGCCGCCCCCGGCCCGUCUCYCUGGGUGCUGGAAAAGACUUUGCCGGCCUCCAGGAGCACGAGGAGCAGGAAAAGAGCAGCAAGAGGAGAUCUCACCCUCUGCCCGGCUUYCCCAGACCGUCCCGCUCGGCUGUGAGCGUGAAAAUCACCCCGAAAGGCGCGGCYGACGAGAACCGGCGAGAGGCGCUCAAGAAGCUGGGGCUGCUGAAGGAAUAGCGGCGGGUGCUGGUGGAAAAGGGGCUUUUCGCCCCAAAUUCACGGAUUUCACUGCCUGGCCUCGGGCACGGCCGCUCCAGUGCCUCGGGAAGGGCGUUGGGAUCCUCACACCAAACCAAGGAGCGCCAGUGUACAGAUAUUUUGUACAUAGCGGAUGUAAAUGAGCUAUUUAUACAAAGCAUCUCUCAGCAUGGACGGGCUGCGUCCUCCUGCAAGGGUUUUAAUGCUUUUGGGGAUUCAUCUGAACAGGGAAGCCGUGGAAUUGGGGGUUUGGUUUAUUUUCAAAGGGGUUGCCUGUGGAUAAAGCGYCUCUGGGAAGAACUGCCGGACUUUGCUGCUCCUUUGGGACUUUUUUGGGGUUUUUUAAAAUUAAUUUUAUCACAGCCUCUGCAGCCUSAGCUGAAAGUGCCUCCUGAAGCUGCCACUGCCUGCUGGAGGGGCUGCACAGACAUGACACUGCCUCCUCUGCCUCUCCUCUGCCCCUUCCAGCCCCUGGACGAUGUUCGAGCUGCAGGAAGGGAGAGUGAAGGAGGAAAAAGGACAUCAGUGCUGGAGUCAGACCCAGAAAUGCUGCCCGAAAUGAGGCAGAUUCCAGGCUGGGAUCCUGGGAUCAGCCUGGCUGAUGCCGACACCUUGCUGCUCACCCGUGGGGAUGGAGGUGGUUUGUGUCCCUAAUAAACCUGUGCAUGAUCAGAAAGAGCUGUGCAGUGCAGAUUCGUGUGUCAGACAGGUAAAUCCAAAUACUGAGAGUUCUGAGACAAAAGAUGAGCCGGGUCAGCUCUGUCCCACCUGUAAAAUGUAAAAUUUUAUCAGCAAAAGCAAAAUUUUCCAUGGAAUAAUCUGGUAUGGAGGAAAGGGGCCCUGCACAUGGCAGGGGUGGGACAAGGAGAGAUUGAAAGU